CGAUAAAUUGUGAUUUGGCUAAAAGGUGAAUGCAAGGAAAUGGUAAUUGAUACUAUACAUGUGUCGGGGGGACGUCCCUGGGUAAGUUACAAGAUACUGGGACAUGAGAUAUCUAUCGAUACGAGACUCGCAACUAUUUUCGCCCUAGUUGGAGCUGCAUAUCUACUUCAGAGAUUAUACUCGAUAUUAAGACUUUUCUUAGAGCUCACUGUGAUACCAGGGACUAACGUCAAAACCUUCCAGUCCCGUCACCAGGGAACGAAAACAUGGGCUAUAGUCACUGGUGUGACUAGUGGACUCGGAGUGGAAUUUGCUAGACAGUUAGCUGCGAAAGGAUAUUGUGUGGUACUUGUUGCUAGGCGUCGUGCUGCUAUGGAGGAGUUGGCCGAGGAGUUGUCUACCAAAUACUCCAUUUCCACCAAAAUCAUCGUCAUGGACUUUUCAGACCCUUCCUCCCGUUCUCAAGCUUGUGCGGAACUAUCAGCUUUCUGCGCUAUGCACGACCCAGGAGUCCUCAUCAAUAACGCUGGAGUUUCACAUGAAAUGCCAGAACCUUUCGUCGAAACGGAUCCUUUGGUAAUUGAUCAAAUCGUACAAACCAACGUUUUGGGCACUUUACAACUUACUCGAGCCGUACUUCCACAUAUGAUAGCUAGAUCCAAAGGAAAAGGUCCGAAGAGUUUGGUAUUGAAUGUUGGUUCGUUAGAUGGGAGAUUACCAGCACCUUUAUUGGCUGUUUAUUGUUAUACCAAAGCUGGAUUAGAGGCUUGGACAAAAGCACUUGCUUGGGAAGUAAGGAGUAAAGGUGUGAUGGUACAGGUAGUUCUUCCUGCGUUUGUUAUCUCCAACAUGUCUAAAAUUCGAAAAUCUUCCCUGACCGUUCCAACAGCUCGGAAAUUCGUUCGAUCCACCCUCUCCUCCCUCGGUCUACCAGGUGGUGCACAGGGAAGAGCAUCCACUAUGACACCUUACUGGGCGCAUGCGAUCAUGGAUUAUGCUACUGGUAUCUUCGGGUAUUCCAGUGAGAUGGCGGCGAUGCACGUUUCGCACUGGAUGCACAGGGACAUACGUCGGCGAGCUUUGGCCAAACGGGCCCGGUUGGCUAAAGCGCAGUGAGCUCGUUGGGUGGAUCGGUCAAAUCGCUCUUAUACAAUCACCUCCAAAAUCUACUCUUUCUAGGGUUUGAUGGAAGAGGAUCGAGUCGAGGUGAAACGAUGAGAGGGGCAGGAUAAAGGAGCGUAGGAGCGUAGACAAGUGUGGAUCUGGGUUGAGAUCGAGCGAUGAGAUGCCAAGGGGGGAAAGGCUUGAUCAUAUGUGUCACGCAAGAUGUCAACGGGUUAGAUAUCUGAUAAUUGGCAAGGAAACGUUAAAAUAGAAGAACGAAAAUAAUACGAAUGAUAUCAGUGACCAGGAAUCAGAAAUCAGGACAAAGUGUGUAUGCAUCUACGUGACAAUUUUU